AACUUCGCGUUCAUGAAUGCGAUGUGGGUCCCAUACACUGAUGCGAAGGCAUACCGAACGAUGGUCGAUUGGAACAACUGGGUUUUUGCUUUUGAUGACCAAUUUGAUGAGGGUCAUCUGAAAGACGACCUUGUCAAGGCCGUGGAGGAGUUGCAUGCCACCUUUGCGGUGCUUGAGGACACUCAGGCCCCAGUCCAACUGCAUGACAACCCAAUUAGGUAUUAUGCCACUGACACAAAUCCGAUAGAGUUACAGAAGCGUUACAAGGCUUCAAUUAGAUUCUACUUCUCGGGUCUGCUGAGUCAAGUUGGAGUUCAAACCUCCAAGUCAGCCAGGAACCUGACUGUCGACGAGUACAUGGGAUUCCGAAGAGGAACUAUUGGAUGUCAGCCAUCUUAUGUGCUUGUUGAAUUUUGCCACGGCAUCAAUGUACCCUCAGAGGUCAUAGAAGACGAGAGCUUGCAAGAGUGCAGACGUAUCUCGGCUGAUCUAGUAAUUCUUGUCAAUGACAUCCUGUCAUAUCGCAAAGAUUUGGAACAAGGUGUACAGCACAACCUCAUCGCCUUGUUGAAGUCCCAGGGGCACUCUACCCAGGAAGCCAUUGACGAAUGCUAUCGGGAUUGGUAUCUUGCUUUGUCGAAGAUGCCAAUCUGCGGAGAGAAGAUCGACCAAGAGGUCGUUCGGUACCUCAAUGGCUGCCGCGAUGUCGCGCUUGGCAAUCUGCAUUGGAGUUACGAGAGCGGACGGUACCUUGGCGAUGAAGGCACUCUGGUCAGACAGACAAGAAUCUUGCGGUUGCCCGAAGCCUGA